GUGUGUGUAUCGGUCGAGUGGAUAGACAGACACAGAUUGUAACUCACUGUAACUGAAGCGGGUCAUUUAUUCGGACUUAAAUUCAUUAUUAAAUCAACCAUGAGUCUAAAAAUGGACACGGAGUCCGUUUGGACGACAAGUGAGGUGAGGAAAAGUUCACAUUUCUCGUAAAUGAACCAUGGAAACUAAAGAGAAGGGGGCAACAGCGACGCGAGAGGAGUCCGUGGACGAACCGUGGCAGCCCGGCAGAUGAGGGGAGAAUGGACGGUGUGAAAAGUGGACCGAACCAGGACUAAACCACCUGCCUGGUUCAACUCGGGCAGUACACCACCCUCCUCUCCGUGUCAGAUGCCUCCGCGGGGCGAUAGUGGCUAUAAGCCGGCACCGGUGUCCCCAGCUCCGCCUGUACCGCCGAGGAGGGUCCGCAGCCGGGAAAGGGGCUCCGGGAGGACACGGCGGUCCGGGGCAGGGGCAGGGUCCGGGUCUGGAGCCGCGGCCGCAGAGAGGCGGGUGAAGUGUGUGCUAGUCGGGGACGGAGCUGUGGGAAAAACCAGCCUGGUGGUCAGCUACACCACGAAUGGAUACCCUACCGAGUAUGUCCCCACAGCAUUUGACAACUUCUCAGGUAAUCAAGUUAAUUCAACACAGUUUUACCAUCAGACACUAGGCCUAAAUCUAAAACCACAACUUGACCUCAAAACUUGUAAAACUGUUGAAUCAGGACAUUUUUUUAAAGCUACUGGACACAUCACAGCUGCUUUCUCUUCUUUAUGUAUGCCAGAUGUAUCAUUCAUAGUUUAUUUAACAAGAUAUUAAUUCACAGUGGACAAAAGAGUAGCCAGAAUAAAAUAUAUUUUCAGCUUUUUAAAAGUUUUAUUGUUGCCCAGUUAAAGAUGAGACUGUUACUCAGUGAAUUCACUGUUACAUACUUGGUGUCAUUGGCCUUGUUUGUUAGUGUUAUUAACUACAUCAUGUCCUAUGGUGUUUGUAUUUGUGUUUACAAAGCGGUUGUAUCAGUGGAUGGACAGCCAGUGAAACUACAACUCUGUGACACAGCUGGACAGGUCAGUAAUUUUAAAUCUGAACACACACACACACACACACACACACACACACACACACACACACACACACACACACACACACACACACAAAAGCCUAGGCAGCAGCAUUUCCUGUAGUUGUUUCAUUUGUGUUUGAAACAGUCCCAGUGAUGAGACUUCCUCUCUGAAGUCUGCUCUCCGUGGUGUGCUCAAUGAGAGAUUAUUUGGUCUUGACCAUUUUUGUCCUGAGUCGUAAUUUGAUAACAGGAAGAGUGGACGGACAGCAAACGAUGACUGUUCUUUGAGGAAAUUGAGACAAGGCUCUCUAGUUGUAUAAUGUCCCUCUGGGCCCACCAGGACUUCUGAAAACAAACAAACAUUAAAAAAAAGUUAACUUUGAUAGAAAAAUCAUCUCAACAACAAAACAAGAAUGAAUAUGUCUUAAGUAGAAAUAGAGAUUAAAAAGUCAUUAUUUUGGUUCGUACUAAUGCUACCAUAAUGUAUUAUCUGCUGAUACACAUCAUAUGUUCUCUUGAAUCAGUGUGUCUUCAGAAGUUAAAGCAGAAUGAUCUCGGGGAUUGCAGUAAGUAGACAGAGUGGGAGAUGACAGGAAGAGACGGAAAAUCAGUGGGGAGAAACUCGUCACAUCAUCAGAGUUAAUAAUCAGUCUUUAUAAAAUAUUAUCCUAAGAUGUGUUUGAUUAACAGAGACAGAAAGUCUAAAUAUACUGUACGUUCCACUUUCAAUUAUUCCACUUGGUGUUUAUGUUUAUGUGCUGGUUAUUAUUUAAAUGUUAUUAAAUUGUUUCACUUCCUCUAUGUUUACUCCGUUGAUCUCUUUAGGAUGAGUUUGACAAGCUGCGGCCUCUGUGCUACACCAGUGCAGAUGUCUUCCUGUUGUGCUUCAGUGUCGUCAGUCCUGCAUCUUUCCAGAAUGUUCCUGAGAAGUGGAUCCCAGAGAUACGCAGACAUGCCCCGCUUGCCCCGCUUGUUCUGGUCGGGACUCAAUGUGACCUUCGAGAGGAUGUCAAGGUACAGUAUAUUUAGUCUAUUAACAUACAUUGAUUCUCUGUAUACCCAGUCCUAGGCCCUCUCAGCUCUUCUUGGACCCUCCUCACCAAAAUUAAUUUAUUAAAGAUAUUGCAUAUUUAAAAAAUAAGUUAUUGAACACACUUUGACUCUUGUUGGUGUAAACAGUAAGUUUGCAAAUGUGUGAAAUUAUUUAGGUAAUCAGCUCUUUCACAAAAAACCAUGUUAGCUUAACAGGAAUAGGAUAGGGGCCUCUACCAUUAACAAUAGCCCUGUUGUGUUCAGUGUGUAAUGGCAGGUUUGAGUUAUCUGACAUGGGUUUAUGGAAGUUUGACUUCCUCCCAAAUACUGCCGCCAAAUCAAAAUGUUUGCUGGAUUCCUGUAUGAAGUGAUUAUUGAUGAAACCCGUUCUUACCGAUUUGUUAGUAUUCUCAGUACCGAGCUCUGAAGGUUCAUUAAUGUAGUAUCGUCUCCUCUCUUCAGGUUCUCAUUGACCUGGCUAAGUACCGGGAGCGACCUGUGGACCCGGCAGAUGCAAUGGACUGUGCAUCGGAGAUUGGAGCUGUGGCCUACAUGGAGUGCUCUUCUCUGACACAGAAAAAUUUGAAAGAAGUUUUUGACACAGCCAUACUGGCCAGCCUGCAGAACUACAGCUCCCAUAAGCACCAGAGAGGGAAACAGAAACGAAGAAAAAAGCAAAGGCAGACGCCAGAGAAGAUGAAGAGUCUGUCCAAGUCAUGGUGGAAAAGGUACUGCUGUGUGGCCUGAACCUCUGAGGUUUUACUGUAGAAGUUAAAGAUCCUUUUUGGAGUUGUCCUGGACCAGAUUCAGCCUGAAGUUUUGCCCAAAAUCAGCAUCAUUUGGGUUUUUUCUUUUAAUGGAGCUUCAUGUUGAACAAGACCACUGAUUAGCUGCUGGGAACCAAAGUAACAUCGAAGAUAUUUUUAUGUUUUUUGAUCGUAUCAUGAUCGUUUGUGGAGAACUUUUUGUUUUAUCAGGGAUAAAAUGAACUAUUGAGACCAGGAUGGUUCUACCAGGACCUGCCCAGUAAACUUUGCAGUAUUGAAAUCAUUAACCAGGUUGGAAUCAAUUUGCCUCCAGACAGAAAGACCUCCUCUGCGGGUAAAGUUACUCACUGGGACAAACAGAGGAGCCUCUCUAUGUGAAGUGGACUGUCCAGAUUAAACAAGAACAGAUGUAUUGAUUUUCUCACCUCUUUGUGACACAUUAAUGGAGCAGUGUUCAGCCCGGUGUGCUGAUGAAACCUCUCCAACCAUAUAUGGAUUUAUGUGGCCUUGUUAUAAAAAAGGAAAGGAGUCUGACUCUGUAGACUGUGCGUGACUGUCAUGAAACUGCCUCUGAACUGGGCCUUUAUUCUAACUUGCUUGUAGUGUUAGUCUGGUUUUCAUGAUCAGAGGGAACUUUUGACUGAAACAGGGUCGAUCAGACCAAACUUUGUCCUUUCAUGAAGAAGUUAUCUGGAUUUUCUGACCCACAGGCAAUCACUGAGCAUGAGCAAAACAAUUUACACAUUCACCCCAUGUUAAUUUUAGAGCUUGAAUAACUGAGACCAUUGUUAUCAUCAAAGAGCCCUCUUCACUGAGCAGCUAAUAACUGUAUCAUGAUGAUGACAACCAGUGUUUGGCUCAGGGUGAGGCCAGACCAAAUUUGUUAGAUGAGAUUCAGACUUCAGGCUUAUCAUAUCUUUUUUGAAAACCACUAAUUCCAACCAAGAUAAAAAACAAAGAUUUAUAUAAGAGGUGAAUUAAGCCACUAAGAAGCCUUUUGAAUUUCACUGUUUUAGUAGCCGCCAUUCAGGUGUUUUGUAGCCAGAAGUGAAGACAUUUGUAAGAUAGCAGGACAGAGUUCGCCUAAUGCUAAGUCACUGUUAGUGUUUGGUUCUCAAGGUGCAAGUUGUUAUCCAUGUUAGUUAUGCUGUAUCUUUGUUUCAAAACUCAUUGCCAGUUCACAUAGAGCAAGCUUUGUGCAGAAUUUAGAUUAAAUUAGCUCCUGACAAGACAAUUUACAGGUAGUGUUAGCGGCAAUAGGUUGAUCACUGAAGAGCACGUCCAACUUUAAUGUUAAGAUUACUCAAAAUGGGACCACAAUUUAGAAAAUUCACAUUCUGCUGUGCUGGAAAAGAAUUGAGACUACUCAUUGAGAGUGUACACUGCCUGAGGGAGGGAUAAACUAAGUAAAGAACGGGUCACUUUCUCAGACAUCCAUACAACUGUGUUUUCCUUUUGUUACCAGUGGAGUCGCCCCCUUCAGGUCACAAGCUUCACUUUUUUUUUUUAUCGUGACCACGUCCUUUCAUAUUCAUGUGGAAAUAAUGACUGGAAAACAACAAGGCAAUGAUACUAACCACAAAUCUUAGUGCUAUAAAAAUACACAAAACUAUAAAACUCUGCACACAUGUGAGCAAACAAGUAACAGAGAUACAAGGAGUUUUCCAUUUGUACAGAAUUUAAUCUGCCACUGAAUGACAACACCAACCCUUAAUCAUUCACACAAAUCUAUGUUUGUCUGCAGACUGGUCUCUCAUCAAUAGGUUAAGUUCUGCAUGUGUGAUGCAGAUAUGAGAAGAAAAACACAGAGGAGACCACAGUUGCCACACCUGUCUUUGUACAUUGUUUAAAUUAAACAAGAAUAAAUCCCAGUAAUUUUCAGCUAUCCCUCCACAGUUCUUCUGCCUGAAUGGCUCUUUGUAUGAGGGUCUCUGAGGCAGAAAGGAAAAAGGUUGCAACAGGGUGCAGUUUACUGAAUUCACAGCUGAUCUGCAAUUACUGUGCAGAUGCAUAAAAGGCGAUAAAUACUGGUCAGACAUUAACACAAAUGAUUUUUACUAACUCUGAUCCUAUCCCUGAGCAAUUCUUAAUGUAAAAUUAAACCACUGUCAGGAAAUUGGAACAAGUUCAACCUUUAUCAACGUUAAAAUGUUAAAAUUCUGAAUUUAAAGAGUCACUCUUUCUGCUGUUUGUAUCACAGCAACUAUCUCACAGUACUUCCCGAGAAGUAGUUUGCAGUCCUACACCCUUAUCCGAACCCAGAUUUCCUGAGAUAUUACUCUAAAGGUCAUCAUCGAUCAUGCUCUGGAGGAGGUUUUGUGAAAUCCUGGACUGAUAUCAAAUUAGUUAAAUGUCAAAUACCUUAGAGCCUGGGAAGUUGUAACCUCCUCAAAACAUAUCCUAGUAAUGGGUUAGUUUACUUUGAAAACUCCAUUUAUCUAUCAAGUAUUCAUGAUUUUCUGGCUUCAUUUUUUAAAUUACCAUCACAUUUUUUAAAAAUAUGGUUUAAAGGAAGAUCUCUCCUGAAAUGAAGGAGAGUUAGCAUUGAUGUGCCCUGAAACUAAUUUGAUUCAAAGAUUACUUUCAUUUACUUUGAAGAAAUUAUAUGUGUUAAUAACUAUAGCCAGUAUAAAAGUACGCUUUACACGGCAACUUCAACUUAUAAACAUCACCAAAAGCUUGUUCCAACCAUCUUUAUUUUGGCAAACAGUGUUUUGAAAUUUAGGAACACUGUUGUUUUCUGAGGACUCAAAUCAAACGAAAUGUUGAGUUUUGACCUGAGUGUGAAAGUUUAAAUCCUGACUUAAGGAGUAGUGAAGCUGUUUGGAAGUUUUAUUGCAGACAAUAUUACAAAUGCGUGUGAAUGGAUUCAUUGUGUUCAUGCUUUGGAUUGUUUCUUGCUGGGAAAAGACAUAAUAAGAUGCUUGUCUUGCUGCGUCUGUGCUCACGGUGGAUUUAAGUAGGGUAAAGGUCAAGCAGACCCUUAUGAUAACUGGUAUUUCCUCUGCCAGGUUUCUCUAUUUAUGUCUGUUUACAUGCAUAAUGUAUGGAGAGCAUAACAAACAUCUCAUCACAGUGCCUCUUGGCAGAUGUGCAGCUUGUAUUUAUGUCCUACAACAAAAUUUCAAAUGAUUCUGUCCAAUUCUUGAUAUCAGUUAGUCAUGACAAAAAAAAAAGAAUGUUUUUAACAACUGUAACAGAGAUUUGAAGAUGAAUGCAUCUUUGAAUAUGUCAUAGUAACACAAGUUUCAAGGAAUCAAUGAGUCAGUUUAUAGGUAUGUCAUAUAUAGAGCAUCUAUGUGCAGAGCAAGAUAGCAAACUAAAGUCACACCAUGUAAGGCUAUAGCUGUUCAUCCUCCAUACACCCUGGUUAUAUCGAAGUGAAGCUUUCUUUGAACUUUUCAUGGGAUGUUCUUAUUUCUCCGUCAAAAUUCAUACGUGCUUUUGCAUAUUCUAUGUUUGUAUGACAGAUGUUUGGCUCUGUGAUGUUGAACAGGCAGGUCUCUGAAAGUGUAUUAUUGUAUAAGAACAGUGUGAGAAAAGACGAAGUAGUGACAGAUGGAUUGCAAAGUGUAGAUGUUUAGUUGAAGAUCAGACAGUAAUGUUGGUUGAGAAUACUGUGAAGCUUGGAUGUGGACUUUUUAGCAUAUAUGAGUCAGAUUAACCAUACAAAAACAUUGUAUAGAAAAAAAAAUAUACAGUGUCCAUUGAAUCACACACAGUUUCUUUGCUGUUUGCCAGCUCUUAUAUAGGAUACAGAUACAAGGUGUUUAAUCCAACUACAGCAGUAAAACAGCCUCUGAAUCCAGUCUGUCAAGAUAAAAAAUGAACUCCUUCUGAAUGUGAGGCUCACUUUAUCACUGUGUAAACCUCAGUUCAUCAGUUAGACUUUCUGACUAACCAAACACAUACAUAAUCUUUAAUCCCAUAAACUCUAAAAGUUCAGUGAGGUCAAACUAACGCAGACAGUCUACAGGAAUAGACAGCAAGGUUCAUUCUUUAGAUUUGUGGUUUUUUUUGACCCCCUUUAGCACACCUGAGCUUAUUCACAUGGGACACCAGCUGAGGAUUUAUCAGUGGAAACCAGACCCACCCAGCCUGAGUGAAACAUAGCUGUGUUUUCAUUUUUUCCUGCAUGUAAAAACAUUGCUUUGAGACAGCAGCUGCUGCAGUCUGCUCACUCUGAAUUCUCUGUUUUAGCCGAGAGCGUCAUUCAGAGCAAAGUGUGUCUGUACAGAAGUUUUAUAUCCUGAGAAAUAAAGAGUAUUUGGUAUAAAUAAGCUGUGUUUGGUUGGUUUGAGGCUGUAGACAGUGCUGUGGACUGAGAAUGUGUGUUUAAAUAUAACGCCUGUGUGUAUGUGACCUUUGACCUCUGACACUGUGAAAGGCUGGCUGUAAGUGUAAAGGUAUACUCUUGAAGAUGGAGUUUGUGUUUGUAUCAUGUUUGUGGUUUUUUUGUUUGUCUCCAACUCGA